GAUGACCCCACCUUCCCGGAACGAAUGACGGAGGUUGCGGGCAAACCAACCUUGAUGACACUUGAACAACCAAACAAACCACCAACUGGAAAAGAUACCGUAGAGGAUUCAGGAGCGUCUUAUGAGACGCCCGUCUGAACACAUGACCCAAUGGUUGUCUUUGUCGACUUGGACGACCCUGAUGAGGCCGAGCAGCAACACCAUCAUGGUAGACCCUUCGACAUGCGCGACUUGAUGAGUGUGCAUACACUUUCGUCGUACCAUAACCCCGAAAACCAGGAACAAGAAGAGGAGGAAGCAGAAGAGGAUGAUGACGAGGAUCGCGAAUAUCCUAAUCUAAAUGCUCUUUCUGCAGUACUAGGAAACUAUCCGAUUAUCUCAGAAAUCGCAAAACACCUAGAUCUAAACUCGUUACACGACCUUUCCCGCACAUGUCGCCAGUUUCGCGCCAACUUACUUCAACACCGUAGACAGUUAAUACCACAAACCCUGCGAUGCUCUUCGGAUGCAGAAGAAGGUGGAUUGGGAUAUACAUUUCAAGAAAAGGAUGAGCAUUGGAGCAACACACAAGGACCCAAUGGACUUAGGAUACCCAGAAUGACCAGUGGAAGGGUGGGUGCUUGUGCCAGGGAUAUGGUUGGAGAGUGUAGGAGAUGUGGGAUUGUGGUGUGUAGGAAUUGCACCAUGAAAGCUCCAUCAACAAAUGCUCUCAAACAACGGCAUCGACGACUGUGUCAUACAUGUCAAAAAGCACCAUUAGAUGCACAUACAAAGAUCUACCCAUCUCAAGACCACCACUCCGACAACUCAUCCACUGACUCACCUUCCAGACCACUCUACCGCUCCCCCUGCACCUGCGCAACCCAAACCUGGCUCUGCACCCCCUGCUCCACAACCCUCCGCACAUCAGACACCUCCCACACACGCGCCUGGACCUGGCGCUCCCGCUACAAUCUCGACACCCUCUCCGGCCUCUCUACAGGAAUCGGCCACGGCCUCGAAGGCGUCCAAUGCGGCAGAGGCCCCUCUUGCCUCUCCUCGCGCACCGUCUACACGGAAAUAGAAUCCGAUGCUGCAUCAACACCUUUUUCCGCUAGAACAUCGGCGGGUUACUUUUUACAGGAGAUCGAGGGUAUUGGGGGUGUGGUUAAGAAAAAGGUGAAGAGGAGGAUGCAGGUGGGCGAUGUGGUGGGUGAGUUUGGAGAUGAGAGGGAUGGGGGAAGGGUGCUGGGGAGGGAACAGGAUGGGAGGAGUAGGAGUUGGUGUUCUUGGUGUGAGAGAGUUGUGUUGAGUCGGAGGGAUGUUGACGGAUUGGGAAAGAUUGAUGAUCGGGAUGAAUUGGGUAGGAGUCUUGGUACUGAAAGUGAUUUGAGUUCGAGCUCGAGUCUUUGGUGAUGGUGUUUGGUUUGGCAUUGGGUUAUGGAGUUUGGGCAUGGUAUGUUGGAUCGUUACUUAUCAUUUGACGUUUCUCGACCGUCUUCGAUCUCUACUGUAUCGGAGAUGGCAUGCUCUCAUGUGUGUAUCUCUUUGCAUAUGAGUCCGGACUGAUAGCUAAUUAUAGUCUGCUCGAGCAGUCACUGUGCUGAAGUCAUCAUUCACCUUGCUGCAAGGUUCCAUAAUCAUCUUUCACUAAGAUUUGGGUCUAGAGAAAGAGAGAAGACGAAGCC